GCGCUAUAGAGAAAGGGUGUAUAAAUUAAAAGAGCCUGCGUCCUUGGCACCCGGUCAUUCCCGUGGACGAAGCUAAGCGGACAGGACUAAACAUCUUUAUCGGAUUACCACAUCCAGGUCUACGCAAGGACAAGAAUGUUCAGUAUGACUUAUCGACAUGUAUGGGCACUCUUAGCGGUUCUUCUCUUCACACGCGACCUUGCAUUUGAAGACACUUCCACCACGAAAUGUCCAAGUGUGUGCCAGUGUCGACACCACAAAAUCGCGAUAUGUGGCAAAUACAACCCCGGCCUGACAAGCAUUCCUGCGGUGCCAUCUUACAUAAAGACAUUCGUAUUGCUAAAUGCCAGAAUUCCUAUAGUUAACAGGUCGGUUCUGUUACCAAUUUCUACCUGCGUCUUGCAUACUCUGGAACUUCCCGGCGACGGUAUAACGGUUCUAGCAGAGGAUACGUUCACAGACUUCCAGGACCUCGAGAAACUUGACCUCAGUGGAAAUAUCAUUCCAGUACCUUUGUUGAGAAUGGCUUUUCGGUCUGUUGGAAAACACUUGAAUACAAUCAUUCUCAGUAACAUGAGCUCGAACAACGUCAAUGAGGACCUGUUUAAAGACACCAAUGUUCAAAACGUGUCAGCAUUUAUUUUUAAGCACAACUACCUUUCGUUUCUAAACGAGUCUGUGUUCGCAAACAUGCCAUCAUUGUCAAUGUUGGAUGUGAGUUACAAUCAUAUACAAAGUCUUUCCAGCUGGCAAACAAUGAACAUUAGGAUUAUAAAUAUUGGAUACAAUUGGCUGAGAAAGGUGCCAGAUUUCUGCUGGCCCAAUGGCAGCACCCGUUAUAACAGAUUGGAAAACCUGAAUGUUGAGAAUAACGGAAUUUGGACAAUUAAGAAGUCUUCAUUUUCUUGUCUCGACAAUCUAAAGAAACUGACCUUAAAUGGCAAUCAAAUGGGACUCAUCCCAAACAAUGCCUUUAGAAAACUCCCUCGGUUAGAAAUUUUGAAUUUAAAUUCUCUCGAUCAACUGAAAACUAUAGACAAGUUUGCAUUUAACUCAACCAUUCUGCGGCUCCAGUUAUUAAAAAAUCCUAAAAUAACACAGGAGUUGUUUAAGAAUGGAAUUCCUUUUCGUUUUGCCACUAAAUUAAAAUAA